AUGUCCAACAUCAAAAACCUUCGUGCUAUGUUCGAACAAAACAAAAAGGAGACUUCAGCAUCACCACCAGAAAGAGGACGUUCUCCAGGAGAUUCUACAUUAUUCUCACCAGGAAGUAGCACAACACCUCCAAGACCACUAUCGAAAGUUAGAACAAGUUUCGUAACUGUUGAACGAGGUGUACAACAAGCUGGUCAAGCAAUACAUCUUGGUCUUAAGAGACAGGACAGCAGCAGUGAAUCCAAUAUGGCGAGCAGUGGCAGUAUGGCAAGAAGGAGGGCAAGUUUUAGUUUGGAUGAACAAGAUAAUCCCAAAGAAACUGCGGAAAGAAAGGAGUCAAUUUCACAAGAAUUUCAGGCGAGAAAGGCCAGUGUGCUGGUGGAUGAACUGAUUCCUGAAUCUGCCUUGGCAGAAACCCCUGCUUUCGAAGUGGACAAACAAAUUGGGGAUCCGGAACCAACAAAAGCACCAGAACCUGAACGGGGCCGAGAAUUGGCAAAGCCAGCAGAGAUCAAGGAAAACCCAAAGAAACCCGAGGAGUCAAAAGCACUGAAUACAAGCAGACCUGCAAUCAGACCAAGCAAAAGUCCCGCAUCAAGAACAAGUGCUUCAAAGACCACCGCAGCUCCGAAAGAUGCAGGCAAAGCCAUAAGAACCAAGUCUGCCACGCGGCCUACACCUAUUUCGACAGCUAAAUCAUCCACAACCCCGAAACCGUCUCCAAGAACAACAUCACCUCCAAAAAGUUUCAGACCAGCUCCAAAGACCCCGACAACACCUACAGGAAGUCCUGGAAAGGAUGUAAAGAUCCAAAAGAGUAAAACACCCGAGAAGAAACCUGCGUUACAAACUAAGACACCCGAGAAGAAACCGGUCAAGAAGACUAGCAGUAAUUCAUUAGUCCCUUCAGGCGGCGUGAGAGCUUCAAGCAAGCCAAGGUCUGCUAGUCGACCGGCCGUUAAAGCCAAAAACCCACCUUCGCCUCCACACAGUGGAUUCAGCAAGCCCAAAACUAGGUCACCCACAAGAACGGUGCAGCUUCCAGCUUCACUCCUAGCCCCCACAGCUUCUUCUGGCUCGAAGGGUGUUACCUCACCACCAUCUGCCCGACAAACCCAGAGUCGUGCAUCUGGAGCCAUCAGAAGUGAGAGUGCCCCACGUUCGCAAAGCCGUGCUGGUAACAUACCAAAGUCGUCGCACCCACCAGUCUCACGAAGUGCUUCUACAGCGAAGAAAGGAACUACUCGACCAUCACUCGGGCCAGCCUCAACCUUGCAAAGGAAGACUUCAGCAGGAAGUUUACCACCUGCGUCAGCACCAUUGGCAGACGAUGGAUUUUUGUCGCGAAUGAUGAGACCAACAGCUUCGUCUGCCUCCAGAUUAACCGAUAAGUCUCCUCCACCAAAGCGAUCACCAUCGGCAAAACGAGCAUCCAGCAGCCUUGGACACUCGAAGGCUCAUGAUACGAAGACUGCCUCUCAUGCAAUUCAGAAAGCGACCAGGCCUACCGCAACUAAGACUGUGCCUUCAAAGUCUACAGCUCCAGCUUCCAAGACUGGUGCAAAACUGGAGCCAAAGAAGAAGUCGGCCGAGUUGCCUAAGAAGGCAGCCAAGGAGCAAGUAACUGAGGCCAAAGAUGCACCAAAAGAGGAGCCAACUUCUACUAAGAUCGAAGCUAUUCCUGCAGCUGGAGAUGCGACGACCGAAGAUGCUGAAGUUAAGCUGGAAGGAGAGGAGAUAAAGCCCGUCGACGCUCCAGCAGAGAAAGAGAUCGAGGUCCCUGUUGCCCAGGCAGAGUCUCUUGUCACUGAAGAGUCAAUCAAGGAAGCUGAGGUUCCAAAGCCUGUAGUAGUUGAGGCAGCUCCAGCUUUACCAACCAAAGAGAUUGUUGUCGAGCCAAUGGCACCAGCCACAAUAGAACCUAAAGCCGAGGAGGAGGAGGAGGAGGAAGAGGAGGAGAAGAGAGAGACUGCGUCUUCAACUGAAGCACCAGCCGAGGCGGAGACUCUCUCCUCACCCGCCAAAGAGGCCACUCCAAUCGUUGAAGCUAAGCCAGAAGAUGACGAGGAUCCAGAAGAUGCUGCUGCUAGGGCCGAAAUUGCCAGAAUCAACGCUGAGAUGAUGGCAGCUUUGGAAUCUAGGUAG